GUGGCCGACAGCUUCAGAAGGGCGCUGCUGUCUGAGCAGGAAACUGCAUCUUCAGACGAGCGCCUUGCCGCCCAGAGGACCUGCGGACGCACGCGGCGCCCGACGGACCCCCUCGGCAGACACUCGCUUGUCCCGCGCCGGGUCGCAGGCAACCCCGCGCCGCUGUACCUGCCGAGCUCCGGACUCUUCCCAGGGCGCCCAGAGGAUGCUCAGGCCGCUGGCGGCCGCUCCGGGGCAGUGCUAAGAGGCAGAGCUUCUGCCCCUUCCCUGCUGCUCUCCUCUGGUGCCACAGCUACCCGCGGCGGGUCGAGCAUGGUGAUUUUUCCCUGAAGCCCCCUGACUCUAGAAGUCUGAACAGAUGCCCACCAUGAGGCUGUUAACUUGCUUCCUGCAUUUCCUGGCCGGGCUGGCACUGCCCGCUGUGCCCCCGCAGCAGUGGGCCUUGUCUACCGGGAACAGCUCAUCGGAGGUGGAAGUGGUGCCCUUCCAAGAGGUGUGGGGCCGCAGCUAUUGCCGGACCUUGGAGAGGCUGGUGGACAUCGUGGCCGAGUACCCGGGUGAGAUGGAGCACAUCUUCAGCCCGUCCUGCGUCUCCCUGCUGCGCUGCACCGGCUGCUGUGGUGAUGAGAACCUGCACUGCGUGCCAGUGGACACGGUCAAUGUCACCAUGCAGCUCCUGAAGAUCCGUGCUGGAGACCCACCCUCUUAUGUGGAGAUGACGUUCUCUCAGCAUGUCCGCUGUGAGUGCAAACCACUACGGGACAAGAUGAAGGCUGAAUGGAGGAGACUCAAGGGCAGGGGGAAGAGGAAGAGAGAGAAGCAGAAACCCACAGACUGUCACCUGUGCGGUGAUGUGGCUCCCCGGAGGUAACCGGCUCCUCGGAGGAGAGACCUCACGCCGGCUGCUCGUGUAUUUAUUACCGUCACACUCUCAGUUACCUCCCCGCUGCUCCCUGCCCCCUAUUUAUUCGCCAACUGUAUCCCUGCUGAAUGGCUCACGCCCUCCAAGACGAGGGGCAGGGAGGGUCAGGACCCUCAGGAAUUCAGUGCCUUAAACAGAACGAGAGAGAACUAAAGAAGCCAGCCAUGGACCCAUGGGAGCUUCGGCUUGGGAAGAAGCAAGACACAUGGCCUUGGGAGGGGGCAAGCCAGGACUCAGAGGCCUUGGGGUCUGCAGGGGAGAGAACACCAUGUGUUCCUGGGACCCCAGGCUCUGCACGGGCAAGCAGCCUUCUUUGGGAGUCUGGGAGAAGGCCAGCAUGGGUGGAAGGACCAGCCGAACAUGCGCAUUUCCCUCCUCCUGGUUGCCACUUCGCAGCCUGCAGGCAGAAUGUUCAGCCGUGCAGGUGGAGCCUGUGAUUGUCCCAUGUUUUUGCCACCUGCCGUUUGGUCCCAGCCAAGGCCUUGCACCCUGCCCACACACAGGGAUGCAGGCAGAGUGGGCCGCAGGUUGGGCAAGAAACAGGUCACCAAGGAGGGACUUUUGUGUUCCCACCCCAGUGGCCAUGGAAAAAGAAACUGCUUCCCCCAGGGCCCUUGAGCCCCCCACAGGCCGUACAACUGCCAAGCCAGAUUCUCUUGAAUAAAGUAUUCUAGUCUGAAUGUGGUUGUGUGUGUCCAGCGUGUGUCUGUUGGGGCAGAGGGCCAUAGCAGCAGAUGAAAGCAGGACAGGUACGGGCCAGAGCGGGAAGGGGAGGAAAGGAAGUGCUUGCCACAGAAGAUCAGGUCGCCACUGGGUCACUCACAUGCCAUGUCACAGGCAUAUUAAAGUGUCGCCCACCUCCCCAGCCCCAUUACUGCACUUGGAACCCAGUCUCCUGCUUACAGGCACCGUGGGAAGCAGCAGGGGACAGCUCAGGGAGUUGGGCUCCCGGCUUUGACCUGCCCGGACUUGACUGUUGUGUGCAUUUUGGGGAAGGUAAACCAGUGCACAGACGAUCUCUGCCUUUCAAAUGAAUACAAU